AUGAAGAUUCUCUUCUUUUGCACUGCCUUCAACUCACUGUCACAGCGUGUCUACCUCGCCCUCUCCGAACAGCACUAUGUCACCAUAGAGUACGCCCUGUCCGAGGAGCUCAUGGUCGAAGCCGCCGAGCUCGUCAAGCCCGAUCUCAUCAUCUGCCCCUUCUUGACGACCCUGGUGCCGGCCCAAGUAUACUCCAAAUACCUCACCCUCAUCGUCCAUCCCGGACCCCCCGGCGAUGCCGGCCCCAGCGCCCUGGACUGGCUUCUCAUGGGCGACGACGGCACCGAGCCGGACAGCAAGAAGCUCCUGCAGCGCACAUCCCUGAGCGAACACGGGCGCCCGUACUGGGGCGUUACGGUCCUGCAGGCCACGGCCGACUUCGACAUGGGCCCGGUCUGGGCCUUUGAGCAGUUCGCCGUCGACAUUGACCAGCCCAACAUCACCAAGUCCAGCCUCUACCGCGGGCCCGUCACCCGCGCCGGCGUCGCCGCCGUGCUCAAGGCCGUCGACCGCAUCACCAUUGCCGCCGACGCCAGCAACGCCGCCGCCGCACACCGCUCCGCCAAGCCGUCGCCGCGCCCCGGCAGCAGCGCCGGCAGCAAGGGCAUCAACGAGCGCUCCAACAAGGGCGCCGUGACCCCGCACCUCGCCGCCAACCCCAUCUUCGCCCAGCUCUCCGUCACCACCGGGCAGCCGUUCCAGGGCGCCGACGACGGCCCGACGCGGCACCGCCCGCUGCUACGCGCCGCGGACCGCGACUUUGACCCGCACACGCACACGGCCCUCGAGAUCUCGCGCCGCAUCCGCUGCGCCGACUCGCAGCCGGGCUGUCUCAGCAGCCUGUUCGGGCCCAAGCUGUACCUGUACGGCGGCGCCAUCGAGGCCGGCAAGCAGACCGCCGGGGUCGCGCCGGGCGCCAUCCUGGCGAGCCGCGACGACGCCGUCUGCGUCGCCACCUGCGACGGCAAGGGCGUCUGGAUCACGCACGUCCGCCGCGUCAAGGCCAAGACGGACCCCGCGCUCUGGCCCAAGGUGCCUGCCGUGCAGGGCCUCGCCGAGCUCUCAGAGCACAGCAUGGGGUACCGCAACCUGCAGCGCGUCGUGUCCAUGAGUGCCGGCCGGACGCUGUCCGAUGAGGAUGAGUGGUCGAGGGCGACGUGCAGCACGCUGCAAGACAUCUGGAUCGACUUUGAGCCGGCGGCGGACAAGGAAGGCACCGUCGCCUACGUCUUCUUUGACUUCUACAACGGCGCCAUGAGCUCCAAGCAAUGCCGCCGGCUGCUCAGGGCGCUGCAGUACGUGCUCGACGUGGCCGAGGACAGGUCGGUCCGCGCCGUCGUCCUCAUGGGCGGCUCCUACUUCAGCAACGGCAUCCACCUCAACGUCAUCGAGUCCGCCGCGGACCCGGCGCUCGAGUCGUGGUUCAACAUCAACGCCAUUGACGACCUCGUCUACAGCAUCCUGCACGACUUUCCCAUCCGCGGCAUCAAGACGAUUGCCGCCGUCCGGGGCAACGCCGCCGCCGGCGGUGUGGCCCUGGCCACGGCGUGCGACAUCGUCCUCGCCGGCGAGGAUGUCGUCUUCAACCCGGCCUACCGCGCCAUGGGCCUCUACGGCUCCGAGUUCCACAGCCUCACCUACAACGCCCGCUGCCGGGGCGAGAACGGCAAGCGGAUCCUGCGCAGCAUGAUGCCCCUGAGCGCCAGCGCCGCCGGCCACCUGGGCCUCGUCGACCACGUGCUGCCGGGCUGGGGCGCCGGGCUAGACUCGGCCGUCAAGGCGCAGGUUCGGGCCCUCACGGCCGUCGACGACAACGGUGCCGCCGAGUGGAAGCGCGGCCUCGACCUGUCCGCUCCGGCGCUGGCCCGCAUCCGCGCCGAGGAGCUCGCCGAGAUGGCAAAGGACUUUUGGAGCCCCCGCGCGCAGCGCUACCACCCCCGCCGCUCCGACUUUGUGCGCAAGACCAAGGCCGCCGCCACCCCCCGCCGGUUCGCCCUGCACCGCAAGUCGGACGGGCUCGUCGACGAGGAGGACGAUGACCGCUUCGACUCGGUCGAGUGGUUUGCGAUGAAGAACAGCGCGCCGCAGCACGGCGCCGGCGCCGGCCUCGAGGAUACAGCCAUUCCGAAGCAGCCCGAAAAAGCGUAUGCGCACAGGAGCAGGAACGCGCCGUCGUCCAAUUCUGGCUCAGAUGAGAAGAGCUGGGGCACCCAGGAGGGUGUGCCCAAAGCAAAAACUCGGGGGACGAUAUUCUGCUGCUAUUAUGAUGCAGACUAA